GUGCCACCAUACACAGUACAGGACGCUGCGGGUUCACAUAGACUUUUAUUUUGAAAACCUGGAGUUAGUCGCAGUGUUCACACUAACACUUCAAACUAUUCACACGUGGAGUUAUGUCCAAAGCAAAGCAAAAGCGAGCGAAACGGCUGGGGUUUUGCAGUAAAAAGUCCAAGGAUGGGCAGCAGUCUCAAGGAGGAAAGAAGGACCCAGGCGUACCUAAUGUGCGCAGCUUCAAAGAACACAGUCAGAGACAAGCUGAACUCCGAAAACAGAGGUUGGAGGAGCAACAGGAGAGGCAGAGGUUGUCAAGAGAUAAAGAGAUGAUGAAAAGGAGAAGUCUGGACAGUUUCCAGAAAGACAUCCAGGCACGACAAAGAGAGUUUGAACAGAAGGAAAUUCAAAUGCAAAACCUAGAGAAGCAUGUUAACUUUGAAACCGAGAACUCAAGAAAGGCAUACUGCAGAGAAUUUAAAAAGGUAAUUGAGGCAGCAGAUGUAAUUUUAGAGGUUCUGGAUGCCAGAGACCCCUUAGGCUGCCGCUGUCCACAGGUUGAACAGGCUGUUGUUCAAAGUGGAACCAACAAGAAAAUUGUACUCGUUCUAAAUAAAAUUGAUUUGGUGUCCAAGGAUAUUGUGGAAAAAUGGAUCAAGUAUCUUCGCAAUGAGUUUCCUACUGUUGCUUUCAAAUCCUCCACUCAGCAGCAGAACAAAAAUUUGAAACGCAGUCGUGUGCCUGUGACCCAGGCUACUCAAGAGCUGCUGGAAAGCAGUGCAUGUGUCGGGGCGGAUUGUCUAAUGAAGCUAUGGAACUACUGCCGCAACCUAGAUAUAAAGACUGCCAUAACUGUAGGAGUAGUUGGUUUUCCGAACGUGGGGAAAAGCAGUUUAAUUAACAGCUUGAAGCGUGCUCGUGCAUGUAAUGUUGGAGCUACACCUGGAGUUACUAAGUGUUUACAGGAGGUCCAUCUAGACAAACAUAUCAAACUUUUAGAUUGCCCUGGUAUUGUAAUGGCAACCUCAACCAGCGAUGCUGCCAUGAUCCUUCGGAACUGUGUGAAGAUUGAGCAGCUGGUGGACCCAGUUCCACCUGUUGAAGCCAUAUUGAGGCGCUGCAAUAAAAAACAGAUUAUGGAUCAUUAUGGAAUUCCAGACUUCCAGACAGCACAUGAUUUCCUGGCCUUACUUGCCCGUCGUCAAGGCAAGCUGAAGAAAGGUGGGCUUCCUGACUCCGACAAAGCUGCCAAGAGUGUUCUUAUGGAUUGGACAGGGGGUCGUAUCAGCUACUUCACACAUCCUCCUGAGACACACACACUGCCCACGCAUGUCAGUGCUGAGAUUGUAGCUGAGAUGGGCAAAGCGUUUGACUGGGAUGAACUGGAGAAGGGCAAUCUGGAAGCACUGGCUGAGUGUGGCACAUCUGAUGCACAGAUGGGGUUCUGUAUUGCUACAUCUGGAUUGACACAAGGAGGUCAAGGGGAAGAUCUAGCAGAACUGCAAAUGGACGAACCAUCAGAAGAGCCUGAACUUCAAGACACGGUUGAAUCAAUGGAUGCAGAUGAGGACACAGAGUUUGGACCAAUGACUGUUGAGCUCAAAGUUCCCAAGACAAAAAGCAGUGGUUCAAUUGAAGCUGUAGGCCCAAAGCCAGUGGACCUAAAAGACAUCCUGGAUGUUGACCCACUCCUACAAGGUCAGGCCCUCCUGGCUGCUAACAAAAAAAGAAAGAAGCAGCAAAAGAGAGCUGAUAAACUCGGCACCAAACUUUCAGAUUCUCUUACCUCAGCUUUGAAUUUCUCCUUCUCUGACAGCUGAUGCGACGAGCAUUAAACCAAGAUGCUCAGGGAGUUCGUUUUACUUUCACCUGCUGUUAGAAAUACUAACAUACUUGUAUAUUUAAAUGAUCUACCAUUUAAAAUAUUAAAAUAAAUCAUCUUUUCUCUGACUGAGAAGAAUGACUCAA